AUGUACAAUACCAAGACCGACAUCUGGCUGUCCGGCGCCUUCGCCGUCCUAAUAGUCGACUUCCUCGUCUACCCCAUCGACACGCUCAAAACCCGCAUCCAAUCUCCCAAUUACAAUAGAAUAUACAAGGAUGCUACGACAGGGGCAAUUAACCGUAAACUUCUCUUCCGGGGACUAUAUCAGGGCGUAGGGAGCGUCAUUCUCGCUACAUUACCUGCUUCAGGAGCAUUCUUCACAACCUACGAAGGCCUAAAACACACCCUCACCACCAACCCCACCACACAAUCCCUCCUCCCCGUACCAAUAAUCCACUCCCUCUCCUCCUGCACCGCCGAAUCCGUCUCCUGCUUCAUCCUUACCCCCGCGGAGGUAAUAAAGCAGAAUGCACAGGUCUAUACUAACCCCAACCCCCAACCCAGCCCCAAUGACCCAACCAAAAACCCACCAAGUAGAACAACAAACAUAACCCUCCUCACGCUUCGCAAAUUCCGCCAUCGGCCAACUUCCCUCUGGAGCGGAUACACUGCUCUCUUGGGACGGAAUCUCCCUUUCACGGGGUUGAACUUUCCGGUGUUUGAGUAUCUGAGGGGGCAUUUGUCGGGGUAUUUACUUCGUCGGAGGGAUGGAGGAGGAGGAGGGAAUGGGGAUGGGGAUGUGCUGGGACAGUUUGGGGUUGUGCAGAGGGCUCUUAUUACGGGGGUUUCUGCGGCUGUGGCGGGGACGGUUUCGUCUGUUGUGACGACGCCGGUGGAUGUGGUUAAGACGAGGAUGAUGUUGGGGGCUGGUAGUUCUACUACUAAUGGGAGUGGGGAUGGGGAUGAGAAGAAGAAGGGAGGGGCAAGUGUGUGGGCUGUGGGAAAGAAGGUGUAUAGAGAGGAAGGGGUUAGAGGGCUCUUCAAGGGAGGGGCGAUACGGUCUGUGUGGACGGCUAUUUCGUUUGGGGUGUAUCUUUGUGUGUAUGAGGGUGGGAGAGGGUUUUUGGAGAAUAGACGGAAGGAGAAGGAGAUGUCAUCUUAA